AAGAAUCUUGUCUCUAAUGGAUAAGGGCCGUAAGGCAACUGCUGAUUCUAUAUGGAUUCCUUCACAAUCACAAUCACUAUCAUUAUACUCCUACAUCUAAUAUGUGGAGAGAAUCAGAAGACACCAAAAAUCAAUAAAUGAAAUUUGACUGGACAAAGCUAAAACUUUCCAUUGGUUGGUGGGAAACUUGUAUGUAUUUUGUGUUAAAUGAAACUUCAAAAUAAGACAAGUUUACUAGAAACAACAUGACAGAGAGUAGUGUCUUUCAUUCUUCUUUUAUCAACCCAACCCAAGAGAAAUACAAGACUCUAUUUCGGACCUUACUCUUUGGGCUUAAAACUACUAAUUUUGAUCAGGGCCGUUGUAAUUCAGAACAUAUAUGUGUAAUUGAACGCUGGACAGAUGAACAAAUAUGUGAUGUGAUUAUUAUGAGUUAUGACCGAGCUGGUCAGCUUUCAUAGGGACAAAAAGAUUCAAGUAUUAUUGGCCAAAAAGACGGAACUAAUUUGACGUAAAAAUAUAGUAUUAAAUUGUUCCAAAGUAAGAGAUAUAAUAUGUCAGGGAUUGAGACAUCACACCACUUGGUUCCUUUUGAUAUGAUUUUAACCUUUACCAAAGGAAUUGGUCAAUAUUAUUCAAUAAUACUCUAAUACAAGUGGAUAAAUGAACUCAUUUAAAUAAUAAUAUACAUGCAUUUGAUGUUGUCACUCUUUACCCUUUUUUUGUCUGUAAAAUUCAUUACCACAUAGUUGAGGACAAGAUUCAUUACCAAAAAACUUCCUUUAAAAUCACAAUUUCGAUCUACUAAAAUCUACACCUUCUCCAGAGACCAGUGAAACAGAGAACUCAAAUCUCCAAGAACAAAAAAAAAACCUCAAAAGAGCCGAUAGCUCUAGUGUCAACAACUGACUGGCGCAUAAGAGAAAUACAAUGGCAAUGUCUGAUAAGACCGGGACAUUUCUACGUAAUGUAAUGAAUUAUGAUGACACAACUAAAAUAAAAUAUUUGUAUUAUUUGUUUCGAUUUAUUCUUUAUAAGGUGAGCCAACUUUGCAAAUUUUGUGUGGGUGUGUUUGCUAGUAAUUUACCAUCCAACCUUUACUUUAAACUUUAAAAAUCAUAAAAAAAAAAAAAGACUGACGUACCUAGUAGACAUCAUGGACACUAAUUUGGAAUUAAAAACAAAAUUAGUGAGUCUCGGUUGCAAUUAUAACUUAUCCAAGAUGGAUUUGUUGGUUUCAUCAAAGCAUCUUUUUUUUUGUUUCCAACUCCCCAAGUGGCAUAUGAUUGAUCUUAAGAAAAUACUUUAAUAGUACUAUUAAUUAAUUUAAACAUUAAAUCCCACCACUACUACUUGUCACAACUGUUCUAAAUGGAGCGUGUGUUUUGACUGACUGCGAGACAGACAUUCAGUUGGUACGUCGUUUACACGCUCCAUCAAGUAGAGAUGGAGACAGAACUAGUAGUAGUAGUAGUAAUAAAGCAGUGAAACUUAUAUCUCUUCCUAAUCUUAGGUGUUACAUCUGUAUUUGGAAAUAUGAACAGCCAUAGCCUCUUGUCCAUCGAUGGAGGAAACACUUCUUGUUCGUCUUCCUCUCUAUCGCCACUCCAUAACUUUCAUCCAACUGAAACCACCACAAGAAGCUUUCAGUUCAAACCAUCACAUUUCUCAAAUGGAUCGUUCUCGAGGUGUUCUUCGUUCUGCAACUUAUCCUCAUCUUCAAGCUCUGACACUCAGAAACAUCUGGGUUCCACUCUCCCAUUCCUUCCGAAUCCUCUCACUGAAAAUGAAAGAUCUCCAGCUGCUGCGAGUUUCACUGAUGGGGAUCUUCUGAGCAUUCCAUACGAAGAAGAAGUAGACCCCUCUUUUCUUUCUCUACAUGGAGAUGGAGGUUUUCAAGAUGUUGACAAUUUUUCCUUAUCGGAGGAGCAAAUGGAAUUGCAGUUCCUGUCUGAUGAGCUUCAGUUAGCCAUCACAGACCGUGCCCAGACCCCAAGGCUUGAUGAGAUAUACCAAGUGACUGGAUCGAGUCCUGGUCAGAACUGUGUUCCUGCAGCAAUGCCUGUUUUAUCACAACAGCCAUCUCCAGGAGGAACAGAAGCAGUUAACCAGAAACCAAGGAUGAGAUGGAGUCCUGAGCUCCAUGACUGUUUUCUAGAGGCUGUGAAGAAGCUUGAUGGACCUGAGAAGGCAACCCCAAAGGCUGUAAUGAAGAUGAUGAAUGUUGAAGGUUUGACAAUCUAUCAAGUGAAAAGCCACUUGCAGAAAUAUAGAAUAGCCAAGCACAUGCCAGAGAGAAAGGAAGAGAAGAAGAGUGGUGGUAAUCCAGAAGACAAGAAACCAGCUUCCAAUACCAAUGGUGAAGCAAACGGUAGAAAGAAAGGAGCCAUACAGAUAACGGAGGCUCUCAGAAUGCAGAUGGAAGUACAGAAACAAUUGCAUCAACAGCUCGAGGUACAGAGAUCGCUUCAACUACGGAUAGAAGAGCACGCUAAAUACUUGGAGAAGAUCUUGGAUGAACAGCGCAAAGCCACCCCUACCUCCAAACAAGAAUCUCAGCUUUCAUCAGCAUCAUCUGCUAAAGAUGACGAAUGUCAAGCUUCCCCAAAACGUCCAAGGAUCGAAAACUGAACAUCCCACGAGCUAGUAACACUAGUUCUUACGCCUCUCAGAUUUGUAUGAUUUUGAUGUAAAUAUGUGUUAUCUGGUAGAUAGCUCUCAAGUCUCAACUGUUGGUGUUUACUACAAGUAAGAAUAUGGUAUUAAUAAGGGG